AUGGUUCCAACUCGUUACAUGCGCCCCGACAAAGACCAAUGUCCAACCAUCUCUAACGGUGGUUCUUUCCACCAAAUACCAGUUGUGGAUAUGCAAUGCCUGUUUAGUUUUGCUAUGGAGCUGAUUAAUCAUGGAGUUAACUCUUCAUUGGUGGAGAAAUUGAAAUCAGAAGUUCAAGAUUUUUUCAAUCUGCCGAUGGCUGAAAAGAACAAAUAUGGUCAAGAACCAGGAGAUGUAGAAGGAUAUGGGCAGGCCUUUGUCAAAUCAGAGGAGCAAAAGCUUGACUGGGCUGACAUGUUAUACAUGAUCACUCAACCAGAAGAUUUAAGAAAACCUCAUUUAUUCCCUAAGCUGCCUCUUCCUCAAAGGGAAAGUCUUCAAGAGUACUCUAUAGAGCUCAAAAGUCUUGCCUUGAAGAUUCUCAACCUAAUAGCAAAAGCAUUAGGAAUGAAGCAUGAAGAAAUUGAAGAAAAUGAAGCUUGGGUUCCUGUUAUUCCACUUCCUAAUGCUUUUAUAGUCAACGUUGGUGAUAUCCUAGAGAUUAGUCAACUAUGA